AUGUCGUGUAGUGACAAGAUAUCGGUCGGCAGGAUCGGCGAAUAUCGUCUCGGCACGAAUGCGUCCUGGGAUGAAUACGUCGAACGGCUAGAGAUGUUCUGCGCUGCAAACAAGAUAACCACGGACGAGCAAAAACGAGCGGUUCUGCUGAGUUGUUGCGGCGAGGACACUUACGGGCUGAUCGUGACCUUGGUCGAGCCAGCAAGACCGACGGCGGCGGCGAGCUACGACGACAUCAAGGGGGCGGUGCGGAAGCACAUGCAUCCAAGGCCUUCGGAGCUGUACGCAAGAUUCUUAUUCUACCGAAGAAACCAAGCUCAGGGUGAGGCGGCGUCGGAGUAUGUUACGGCACUCCGUAAGCUGGCUGAAGACUGCGGUUUCGGUGACAAACAGCUUCCACUGGACGUCAUGAUGAGGGACCGGUUCGUAUGCGACAUCAAGAAUGAAGCGGUUCAACAGCGGCUGCUCGCAGAACGCGACCUGACGUUCGAGGUGGCGUACGACAUGACGCUGACGGCGGAAGCAACGGAGAAGCAGCAGCGCGAUAUACGCAAGCAAGCUCAAGACGAAACCAAAGAAAGCGAGGGUCUGGUUCAAGCGACACGCAUGAAACUGGACACCAAGGCGGACGACGUCAGCUGCUUCCGCUGCAACGGUAAGCACGCUCCGCAUGUAUGCCGUUUUAGAAAGGCUGCUUGUUUCAAAUGCAAAAAGGUUGGACACGUGGCAAAAGCUUGUCGUUCAAAAGACGAGAAUCGGACGCCGCGGAAGCCAACUGACCUGCGCAAGCGGGAGGAAAAAAACAAGGGCGUCUAUGAAAUGAGCGCAUUGUUUUCUGUAUGCGAAGUGCGUGAACAGGCUGAAAAGUUCAUGGUAGAAGUGCACAUUCAAGGAGAGAAAGUUCCGAUGGAAGUCGAUUCAGGAGCAUCUUGCUCGAUUAGAGAAGCGGCUUACAAAAAUCAGGGACAGAUACUUAUCGCAGAGCCCCAUCUGUGUAAAGAUUACGGCGCCUGA